UCCGAAUGGAGCGACGUGCACACCUCCUAUUGGAGGGUUCACGCUGCUCGUGAACUGAAGGGUUCACUGAAUCCAGACUCGGUAUUCCCUACUCGUGUAUGCAUAGAAAGUAGUGUUAGGGUUGAAUCACUCCGUUUUGAACCCGAUCCAUUGACAUCCGUAUUUGUGUUAGAAGGGUUGUAAAAGUUUGUGAGACGGAAAGAGUGGAAGCUUGGAGUUCUUUGUUCUUCCUUUGUUUGUACAAGACAGAAUUAUUUAUAAUUUACGAACAAUUUUCAACAGUUAUAAGUGGGCAAUUCAUAGAGUAAAGGAUAUAUACCCUAAUGAAAAUUGGAGAAAGAAGGGGCAUUUGCUCUUUUAUACGUAGUAAUAUAGAUAGAUAGAGCUGAUUCCAGAGGUUUCGAGCUACUUCCCUCUGCAUCUUCUGAAUUCAAACUUAAAAACCAACCCAAGGCAGCGAACUUGAGUCAGGGCGCUGCUGUGGGUUUUUUCGAAGGGAAAAAAGUUAAACAUGGGAGACUCAUUCGUGGAUGUAAGGUCGGCUGCCGAAGCAGUUUCUGCGGAGGACGAUGUGUCGGUGCCUCUUCACCAGAUUGAGAGCCUUUGCAUGCGUUGUGGGAAAAAUGGAAUAACAAGACUACUACUGACGCGCAUUCCACAUUUUAGAGAGGUUGUGCUGAUGGCCUUUGAAUGCCCACAUUGUAAUGAAAGGAACAAUGAAGUUCAGUUUGCUGGUGAACUCCAACCUCGAGGAUGUCACUAUCAUUUGGAUGUUCCAUCUGGUGAUCAGAAGAUGCUUAAUCGGCAAGUGGUCAAAUCUGAUUCUGCCAGUAUUAAGAUUCCGGAACUGGAUUUUGAGAUUCCUCCAGAAGCUCAACGUGGCACACUAUCUACGGUGGAAGGGGUAUUAUUGCGAGCUAUAGAUGAAUUGCAGGCACUUCAAGAAGAACGCAAGAAAGUGGAUCCUGGGACAGCUGAAGCUUUAGACCAGUUCUUGACAAAAUUGAAAUCAUGUGCAAUUGGGGAUGCAUCAUUCACCUUCAUUCUGGAUGAUCCAUCUGGCAACAGUUUCAUUGAGAAUCCGCUUGCGCCAGCUACAGAUCCAUCACUAACAAUUAAGUUUUAUGAGCGGACUCCUGAGCAACAGGCAUCUCUAGGAUUCCUUGUGGAUUCAUCACCUUCAAGUGAACUUGGACCUCAGCGUGAAAGUGAGGCAUUGGAAGACAGGAUAUGUGCUUCCAAUGUAAAGAGAGAGCCGCAUGGGUCAAUUGGAGCUCUUGGUGGUCAUAGAGCUAUUGCUCAGGGCAAUAGUGAGGAAGUUGCUGCAGCCUUGUUUAGGUAUUCUGCACCAGAAGAGGUGAUGACUUUCCCAUCAACUUGUGGAGCUUGUGGCACCAGAUGUGAAACUCGGAUGUUUGUAACCCAUAUUCCAUACUUCCAAGAAGUAAUUGUCAUGGCAUCAUCUUGUGAUGCUUGUGGUUACCGCAAUUCUGAGUUAAAACCUGGUGGUCAAAUUUCUGAAAAAGGAAAAAGAAUAACAGUCCAUGUGGAGAAAACAUGUGAUCUAAGUCGGGAUGUUAUAAAGUCUGAUUCUGCAUGUGUGAGAGUCCCAGAGCUUGAGUUGGAGCUUGCUAGUGGCACACUAGGAGGAAUUGUUACAACAGUAGAAGGUUUGAUUACUAAAAUUAGUGAAAAUCUUGAGAGAGUACAUGGGUUCACAUUUGGAGAUAGUCUUGAUGAUUGUAGAAAAACCAAAUGGCUAGAUUUCAGGGAAAGACUAAGCAAGCUUUUAAAUUUGGAGCAACCUUGGACUUUAAUUAUUGAUGAUGCAUUAGCAAAUUCUUUUGUUGCACCUAUUACAGAUGCCAUUGAAGAUGACCAUCAGCUUAGCUUUGAAGAAUAUGAGAGAUCCUGGGAGCAAAAUGAGGAGCUAGGCCUAAAUGACAUGGACACUUCAUCUGCUGAUAUUGCUUACAAUUCAACCACGGCAACAUGAAGUUAUUAAUUCAUGUUUCGCCCUUAAUUUUUUGCUAACUUUGGUAUAACUUCCUUAAAUUUAUCUUGUACAAGAACAGUGAGUGAUCAGAAAAGAAAAAAAAAAAGAACAGUGAUUCUUAUAAAAGCUCGGCAAACUUGUCAUCAUGCUUUUCGGAACUUGAUUAGAGCUGUAUUAUUAAUAUAUCAUUAACCUAAUUGUGCUAAAAUGAAAACGGUAGAGGAAAGUCAUCUUUGCCUGCAUAAU